AUGGAGGGCUGCCUGGGAGAAGAGUCUUUUCAGAUGUGGGAGCUCAACCGGCGCCUGGAGAUCUAUCUGUCCCGGGUCAAGGCACUAGAGGAGCAGAAUGAACUGCUGAGCGCAGAGCUCGGGGGUCUCCGGGCACAGUCUGCAGACGCUUCCUGGAGGGCCCGAGCAGAUGAAGAGCUGGCGGUCUUGCGGGCCCUCGUGGACCAGCGCUGGCGGGAGAAGCACGCGGCCGAAGUGGCGCGCGACAAUUUGGCGGAGGAGUUGGAGGAUGUGGCGGGUCGGUGCCAGCAGCAGCGUCUGGCCCGGGAGCGGGCGGCAGAGGAGGCAGCCCGCAGCCGGCGGGCUGUUGAGGCCGAGAAAUGCUCCGGGACCUGGCUGAGCAGCCAGGCGGCUGAUCUUGAGCGUGAGCUCGAGGUCCUGCGCGCAGCGCAUGAGGAGGAGCGCGCCAGCCUGAACGCCCAAGCUGCCUGUGCGCCUCGUGGCCCCCCGCCGUCCCGCGGGUCCCCCGCGUCAGCCCCCGAGGUGGAGGAGCUGGCGCAGCGGCUGGGCGAGGCGUGGCGCGGGGCAGUGCGCGGCUACCAGGAGCGUGUGGCACACAUGGAGGCAUCGCUGGGUCAGGUCCGCGAGCAGCUGGGCCGUGCGGUGCAGGGCGCCCGCGAGGGUCGCCUGGAGCUGCAGCAGCUACAGGCGGAGCGUGGGGGGCUCCAGGAACGCAGGGCUGCGCUGGAGCAAAGGCUGGAGGGCCGCUGGCAGGAGCGGCUUCAUGCCACUGAGAAAUUCCAGCUGGCAGUGGAGGCCCUGGAGCAGGAGAAACAGGGACUGCAGAACCAGAUUGCCCAGGUCCUGGAAGGUCGGCAGCAGCUGGCACAUCUCAAGAUGUCCCUCAGCCUGGAAGUGGCCACAUACAGGACCCUGCUGGAGGCUGAGAAUACCCGAUUGCAGACACCUGGCAGUGGUUCCAAAGCUUCCCUCAGCUUCCAGGACCCAAAGUCAGAGAUGCAUUUUCCUGGGACUUCAGAAAGCCGGCGUCUGGGACCUUUGCUUCCUGUCCUGAAUCCAACUUCCCUUGCUUCACCCUUGCCUGAUACCCUUAGGACACCUAUGCCAACCUUUCUGAAGAGCCAAGAAUUCCUCCAGGCUUGUACCCCCACCCUGGCUAGCACCCCCAUCCUACCCACACCCAAGACUCCCUGCCCUGCUACAGAUACAGAGAUCAAGGCCCAGGAAGCCCCACUCUCCCUCCUCCAGUCACAGGGGGGGAAGCAAAAGGCUCCAGAGCCCUUGUGGGCUGAAGUCACAGUGACUGUUCCUGCUAACAUCCUUCCAAGACCAGAGGAGCCUGGGGGCAAGCAGCAAGAGGCCAGUCCAGGCCAGUCUCCUGAGGAUCACGUCUCCUUGGCCCCACCCCUUAACUCUGAUCACCCUAGUUUAGAGGCCAAAGACUGUGAGCCCAGUGGAUCUGAAGUGCCCAGUAUACCUCAGGAAAAAGGUGAAGGGCAAAUAUGGGGACUGGCAGAGGAAGAAGCAACCAUAGAGGUAAAGAAGCUGCUCCCUAGCAGCUUAAGGCAGGAAACAUGGCAAAAAGAGGGAGAUCUGGAUAGGGAGGAAAUCCAGGAACCCCAGCGUGUUUUGAAAAAAGAAAACCUGAAGUCUCUGGAGGAAGAAAUCCAAAAGCCACUAAUGUCUCCGGAAAAACAGAGCCAUGAGAUACUGAGUUCUCUAGAGAAGGAGAAUCAAGACUCUCUGAGGUCUUUAGAAAAAUAUACCUUAGAGACACCAAAAGCUCUAGAAAAGGAGAAUCAAGAGCUAUCAAAACCUUUAGAAAAGGUAGUCACAUCUAUAGAAAAUGAGACUCCAGAAAUACUUACAUCUGUAGAAAAAGAGGAUUCAGAGACACUGCAAUCUCUAGAAAAUGAAAAUCAAGAACAUCUGAGGUCUCUUGAUGAUAAUCUAGAGACAUUUUUAUUUCAAGGAAAGGAAAACCAAGAAUUAGUGAGAUCUCUAGAAAAUGAGAACUUAGAGUCCUUGAGAGCUCUAGAAAGGGAGAUUCAAGAACCACUGAGAUCUCAAGAAAUAGAGAACAAAGAAACAUUGGAACCACUAGCAAAAGAGAACCAAGAACCACAGAGAUCUCUAGAAAAAGAGGACCAGGAGAUGCUGAGACCUCUAGAAAAAGAGAAUCAAGAGUCACUACAGUCUCUAGAAGAUGAAAAUCAGGUGACCCUAGACAAUAUAGACCAGGAGCCACUGGAGUCUCAAGAAGAGAAGCAGGACACAUUGAGAUCUCUUGAAAAAGAGACUCAAGAGCCAUUGAGGUUCCUAGGGGAAGAGGACCAGAAGACAUCUAAGCCUCUUGAAAAAGAGAAUCAAGAGUUACUGCAGUCUCUAAAAGAAGCGUGUGUAGAGGCAGUGAAAUCUUUAGAAAUAGAGACUCUAGAAUCAUUAAAGUCUGAGGAAGAGGUCUUGGGAAUAUUAAAACCUUCAGAGACUCAGGAGCUAUUCUGGUCUCUAGAAGAAAAGAAUCAAGGGACAAUGAAGCCUCUAGAAAAUGAAAUUCAAGAACCACUGGGGUCUAUGAAAGAAACCCAGGAGACACUGAGUGCCCUAGAAAAAGAAAACCAAGAACCACAGAGACCCCUGGAAGAGUGGGACCUAGAAAAUUUGAAAUCUUCAAAAGAGGUGGACAAGGAAAGUCAAAGAUAUCUGGAAGAGGAAGAGAACCCAGAGAAGGGACAGAAUAAAGAUUCACUGAGGUAUCUGGAAGAGGAGGGACAGGAGCUGCCAAUGUCAGCAAAUCAGCAGAGAUGGGAAAAUGUGGGAGGGGACCAAGAGCUGAGCCAGGACUCACCACCUGGGAGGGCUGAAGUGGAAGAUGAGAAGGAAGUAGAACUGGGCCUGAGGGAGCAGGAUGGCUUUGAUGGGGAGGAAAAGGCUGAAGAGCAGGUAGAGUUACAGCUGAAUGCUGCAGGGGACAAAUGGGACACAGGUGAAAGGCACCCAGGGAGCCCUGGGCCUGAAGAGCAGAGGGUCUCAGUUGAGGAAGCCAAGGAGGAAGCAGGUUCUGAUGAUCUCCAGGACCUCACAGGGCAACUAGAUCAGGUUGGGGCUUCAGGCCUUGAAGCUUCCCAGGGGAUACCAGAGGUGGUAGAAACCAUGUUGGAAAAUGAGUAUGUGGUUCCAAGAGGUGACCCAGUCUCCCCACAGAUCACCAUGGGGUCAGAGACAGCCAUGGAUGAGUCUGCUGUGGGAACUGAGGAGGGACUAGAGCUUGAGGUGGUAAGGUUAGAGGACCCAGGUCACCUGGCCAAGGAGGAAGUGAAGAAGCCUCUCCAAGGGGAAGAAAGUUUGGAGGAAGAGAAAGUACAGGACUUGGAAGAAUCUAGGAGGGACGUAAAGGAAGCAGAUGCUUUAGAAUCAGAGCUCUCCGAACUGCCUAGGGAGUGCAGAGAUCCCCAGAAGCAUGAGGAAUCUGAGGAGGAAUCUGAGGGAUGGGACGAGUCCAAGUCUGAGGCAGCCUGUGGGACAGAGGAGGGUGCCACUGUUGAGACCCUGUGCCUUAAUGGAACUGAUGUCCCUCAGUCCAGGCUAGAGGAGGCUGAAGGGGAUGCAAAACUAGUGCUGGAGCCCCCCAGCCUAAGGCCCCCUGAACCCUGGGAGCCUACUUCACUCCUUGAAGAUAUCUCUGGGACCGAGCCCCAGACUGAGGAGAACCAAGAGGCUAGCUGGGGCCGGGAAGAUAAAGCUUUGGCCUCCGAAAAUCUGGAGAGUGAACAGGAGUUGUGUUCUGGGGGGAUCCCUGAGGGUCUCCAUCAGGAGGAGAAAGAGAGUGGAGAAGAGAGUGAGGCAGAUGAGCUAGGGGAGACCCUUCCUGACUCCACUCCCCUGGUGCUCUUUACUGGGUCCCCAGCUUCUUCCAAGUGGGAUCCUGCUGGAGAGGAGAGGCCCUCCCCUCAGGGGGAGGCCAGACAGGAGAAUGAUGAUCCCACCAUCCUGGCCUCUGAGGACCUUGAGGUCCAACCCUCUGAAGAGGAGGAGGGAGAUGAGGAGGAGGGGCACAGCCAUGAUUCUGAUCUGUCUGAGGAAUUUGAGGACCUGGGGACAGAGGCCUCUCUUCUUCCUGGGGUACCGGGGGAGGCAACAGAACCUCUGAGACAGGUGGCCCAGCUGCUCUUGGAGCCUGCAGCCUGGGAUCGGGAUGAGGAGUCUGAUGGGUUUGCAGAUGAGGAAGAGAGUGUGGAGGAGGGGGAAGCGGAUGAUGAGGAAGAGGAGGGGAGGGGGCUAGGGGCUGGCCUCUGGGGACCAGGGUCUUCUGUGGGCAGCCUGCAGACUCAGAGUGAGGACCUCGUGGAAUCUGACACUGUGGGGGUCAGUGUUCCCUGGGAUGGUGACUUAAAGGCCAUGACAGCUGAUACCCCCAUGACUGCCCUGAAGACUGAGUCCCAAGACAGUGCUGAGCCUUCCAGUUCAGAGGAGGCAUCUGACUUGGUUGCCUUGGAAAGGGAGGACAAAGUCUCUGGCCCCACAGAGAACCCCAUUAGGGAGGAGAACACGGGCCACCAGGUUGCUGGGGAAACCCUUGGUGUCAAUGGCCAAGGUCCCAGUUGGGGGGAGGAGGAGCACGUAAAUGGGGAGUUGGUGAGCAGUCUGGAGCAGUCAGAGGAAGGUGGUCCAGGGAAGCCAGGAGCUCCUGAGGGGGACCAAGGAAGCCCCUUUGAGGUGGAGGAUGGGAGUUCCCUAAAGGCCCCAUGGGCUGGGGUUCCUCUUCGCCUGGGACAGGGCCAGCUCCUAAAGUUCACUCAGAGGGAAGAAGAUGGAGAUUCCUGGUCCUCAGGGGAGGACUAG